AUGGCGGAGCUGCCAGGGAUCGAACGAGGAGAAAACCGGGAGUGCCUGAAUGGCCGCUUCACCAUUAGCACCCUGUUCAGCCCCGAAGGCAGCGGCACCAACCCCUACAGCCCAACGGGGGCUACUCCCUAUGACAUCACCCAAACCAGCCACUGUACCCAUAACAGCACCUUCUACAUGCAGACCUUUGGAUAUAACACCGUCGAUGUUGUGCCCAACUAUGAAAACUAUGCCAACACCAAGAUCUCUAGCGAAAUGAAGAAGCCGAGACCAACACUUGCAGAUCUGCACUCCUUUCUUAAGCCAGAAAAUAGCCACCGGCAUCCCCCGAGAUACGAAGCCCACAGAAGAAGCAGCUGCUCAGAAGAAGCGGCAGACGAGGAGGAUACUAAGGAGAAAGAGAAGGAUCCAGGAGAGCCUGUCCGAUUUGGAUGGGUCAAGGGGGUGAUGAUUCGUUGCAUGCUUAACAUCUGGGGUGUGAUCCUGUAUCUCCGGCUACCUUGGAUAACUGCACAAGCAGGCAUAGCGCUGACUUGGGUGAUCAUUCUAAUGUCUGUCACCGUGACCACCAUCACCGGAUUAUCCAUUUCUGCCAUCUCCACCAACGGCAAAGUCAAAUCAGGUGGGACGUAUUUCCUCAUUUCAAGAAGCCUUGGGCCAGAGUUGGGAGGCUCCAUCGGCCUCAUCUUCGCUUUUGCCAAUGCCGUGGCUGUGGCCAUGCAUACGGUGGGCUUUGCAGAAACAGUGCGAGACCUCCUGCAGGAAUAUAACUCAAGCAUGGUGGAUCCAACCAAUGACAUCCGCAUCAUCGGAGUUGUCACAGUGACGGUGCUGCUUGGAGUAUCCUUGGCUGGGAUGGAGUGGGAAGCCAAGGCCCAAGUUCUGUUUUUUGUGGUGAUCAUGAUUUCCUUCAUUAACUACGUGGUGGGGACGGUUAUGCCAGCCACCGAGGAGAAGCAGGCCAAAGGAUUUUUCAGCUACCAAGCCAACAUUUUUGCUCAGAACUUUGUUCCCAGCUGGCGGGGCCCCGAUGGCAGCUUCUUCGGUUUGUUUUCCAUCUUCUUCCCAUCAGCCACUGGCAUCUUGGCAGGAGCCAACAUUUCAGGUGAUUUGAAGGAUCCUGCUGUGGCAAUUCCUAAAGGAACCCUCAUGGCUAUUUUUUGGACAACCGUAUCAUACCUGGUUCUGUCAGCUACAAUUGGUUCCUGUGUUGUCCGUGAUGCCUCUGGAAGCCUUAAUGAUACCGUCCUCGCUGGUUCCAUGGGCUGUGAAGGCAUUGCUUGUGGUUAUGGCUGGAACUUCACAGAGUGUGCUCAGAGCCAUAGCUGUCAAUAUGGGCUGAUCAAUUAUUAUCAGACCAUGAGCAUGGUUUCUGGCUUUGCCCCUCUCAUCACAGCUGGGAUUUUUGGGGCCACCCUCUCUUCGGCAUUGGCUUGCCUCGUCUCAGCCCCCAAAGUCUUCCAGUGUCUUUGUAAGGAUGAACUAUACCCGGCCAUUGGCUUUUUUGGAAAGGGCUAUGGAACAAAUAAUGAACCAAUCAGGGGUUACAUGCUGACAUACCUCAUCGCGGUUGGCUUCAUCCUGAUAGCGGAACUGAAUGCCAUCGCUCCCAUCAUCUCCAACUUCUUCCUCUGCUCCUACGCGCUCAUCAAUUUCAGCUGCUUCCAUGCCUCUAUCACCAACUCACCAGGUUGGAGACCCUCCUUUAGGUAUUAUAGCAAGUGGGCAGCUCUGUUUGGGGCCAUCAUUUCUGUCAUUAUCAUGUUCCUGCUAACCUGGUGGGCUGCCCUCAUCGCUAUUGGGGUUGUGGUGUUCUUGCUUGGAUACGUUCUUUACAAGAAGCCUGGCGUUAACUGGGGCUCAUCUGUUCAAGCCGGUUCCUAUAACAUGGCGCUGAAUUAUUCCGUGAGUCUCAACGAGGUAGAUGACCAUAUUAAAAAUUACAGGCCUCAAUGCCUUGUCCUAACUGGUCCUCCCAACUUCCGCCCAGCCCUGGUUGAUUUUGUGGGCACUUUUACGAAAAAUUUGAGUCUGAUGAUCUGUGGAAAUGUGUUGAUCGGGCCCUGCAGACAAGCAAAUGCUGAAGUGGGACUUGCUUCCAAAGGCCACAUCAAAUGGCUGACCAAACGAAAGAUCAAAGCUUUCUACACAGGCAUCUUAGCAGAGGACUUGAGAACUGGAGCACAAAUCCUUAUGCAGGCCUCAGGUCUUGGGAAAAUGAAACCUAAUAUUCUUGUGCUUGGAUAUAAGAAUAACUGGCAGGCAGCACAUCCUCAGACAGUAGAAGAAUAUAUUGGGAUUCUGCAUGAUGCUUUUGACUUCAAAUAUGGAGUAUGCGUGAUGCGCGUGAAGGAGGGACUCAAUAUUUCUCGGAUCAUGCAAGCUCACAUUAAUCCAGCUUUUGAUCCAGCAGAAGUUCCUCAGAAAAGCAGUCAAGUACCUGCUGUAACAGGCACAUGUCUGACUCUUCUCAUCCCUUACCUCCUUGGCCGCAAAAAGAGAUGGGGGAAAUGCAAGAUCCGAGUGUUUGUCGGUGGGCAGAUCAACCGAAUGGACGAAGAGCGGAAGGCGAUUGUCUCUUUAUUAAGCAAGUUUCGGCUUGGAUUUCAUGAGGUUCACGUCCUUCCAGAUAUUAACCAGAAACCCCGACCUGAACAUGUGAAGAGAUUUGAUGACUUAAUUGCUCCGUUCAGACUGAACGAUGGCUUCAAAGAUGAUGCGGUGGUGAAUGAGAUGCGUCAUGGUUGCCCAUGGAAAAUUUCCGAUGAAGAGGUUGCAAAAAACAAAGCUAAGUCACUUCGACAGGUGAGAAUGAAUGAAAUUUUGCUGGAUUAUUCUCGGGAUGCUGCUCUUAUUUUCAUAACUAUGCCAGUUGGCCGAAAGGGAUGCCCCAGUAGCCUGUACAUGGCUUGGCUGGAGACCCUCUCGCAAGAUCUCAGGUCUCCUGUGAUCCUGAUCAGAGGCAACCAGGAAAACGUCUUGACUUUUUACUGUCAGUAG